AGCAGCAUGCUAAGCCUGUGCAUCACUGACCCUACACAGGAUAAAAGGGCUCCUGCCCUGGCCUCCUCAGACAGAGCCUCCUCAGCCACAGGCUUCUUCCUCUUGCUGCCUCCUCUGAAUCCGGUUCCCUGACUGCACCAAGAUGUCCUGCCAGCAGAACCAGCAGCAGUGCCAACCCCCUCCCAAGUGCCCUUCCCCCAAAUGCCCCAAGAAGAGCCCAGCACAGUGUCUGCCUGCUGCCUCCUCCUGCUCUGCUCCUUGCUCUGGGGGCUGCGGUGGCCUCAGCUCCAGCUCUGAGGGAGGCUGCUGCCUGAGCCACCACAGGCGCCGCAGGUCCCACAGGUGCAGGCUGCGGAGUUCAGACUCCUGUGAUGGUGACAGUGGUCGGCAGUCUGGGGGCUCUGGCUGUGGCCACAGCUCUGGGGGCUGCUGCUGAACUUAGCAGCGGUGAUGAGAAGUUUUAAAGGAGACAAAGUCCAAGGACUGUUCUCUGUCCCUUGCAGUUUUUUCCAUAUACUUCAAUCUGCUUUAGCACUGAGAUGUUUCUUGCGAAAGUUCUGAGUUCUCUGCAGGCUCUUCCUGCCUGUUCUCUAGGAGCCCACAAAAUACUCACCCUGGUAUCUGCCUACAGAAAAGGCUUGCAGCAUCUGCCUGGUUAUGAUCUGUGUCUGACCCUGCGAAACAAUAAAGUUUUUUCUGACCUUG